UCUCUCUCUCUCUCUCUCUCUCUCUCUCUCUCUCUCUCUCUCUCUCUCUCUCUCUCUCUCUCUCUCUCUCUCUCUCUCUCUCUCUGUCGGGCGGAGUCGCCCACCACUGCCAGCCCUUACCGGGGAACCAGCUCCAGGCUGCAGCUGCAGGCCCCCACCACCCUCCAUGGCGCCCCUGGCCUUGGUGGGGUUUGGGCUUCUCCUGGGGACUCCCCUGUGCUGGGGGGCAGCCACCCCGACCCCCUCCCUGCUACCGCCCCCGACCAAUGAGAGCGACACAAGCACGGAGGGGUGCCAGGGAUCCAACCGCUGCCAGCCGGGAGUCCUGCUGCCCGUGUGGGAGCCAGAUGACCCCUCACUGGGCGACAAGGCCGCGCGGGCCGUGGUCUACUUUGUGGCUAUGGUCUAUAUGUUCCUGGGCGUGUCCAUCAUCGCCGACCGCUUCAUGGCGUCCAUCGAGGUCAUCACGUCCAAGGAGAAGGAGAUCACCAUCACCAAGGCCAACGGGGAGACGAGCGUGGGCACGGUGCGCAUCUGGAACGAGACGGUGUCCAACCUCACGCUCAUGGCCCUGGGCUCAUCAGCACCCGAGAUCCUGCUGUCGGUCAUCGAGGUCUGCGGCCACAACUUCCAGGCGGGCGAGCUGGGCCCCGGCACCAUCGUGGGCAGCGCUGCCUUCAAUAUGUUCGUGGUCAUCGCUGUGUGCAUCUAUGUCAUCCCAGCCGGCGAGAGCCGCAAGAUCAAGCACCUGCGUGUCUUCUUCGUCACGGCCUCCUGGAGCAUCUUUGCCUACGUGUGGCUUUAUCUCAUCCUCGCCGUCUUCUCCCCAGGGGUGGUCCAGGUGUGGGAGGCGCUGCUGACGCUCGUCUUCUUCCCGGUGUGCGUGGUGUUCGCCUGGAUGGCCGACAAGCGGCUGCUCUUCUACAAGUACGUGUACAAGCGCUACCGCACCGACCCGCGCAGCGGCAUCAUCAUCGGCGCAGAGGGGGAUCCGCCCAAGAGCAUUGAGCUGGACGGCACGUUCGUGGGCGCCGAAGUGCCAGGCGACGUCGGGGCCCUGGGCCCGAGCCCCGCCGAGGCCCGCGAACUGGACGCCAGCCGUCGCGAGGUCAUCCAGAUCCUCAAGGACCUCAAGCAGAAGCACCCGGACAAGGACCUGGAGCAGCUGGUGGGCAUCGCCAACUACUACGCCCUGCUGCACCAGCAAAAGAGCCGCGCCUUCUACCGCAUCCAGGCCACGCGCCUCAUGACGGGCGCUGGCAACGUGCUGCGCCGCCACGCGGCCGACGCCUCGCGCCGGGCCAGCCCCUCCGACGACGCAGGCGAAGACGAAGACGACGGCGCCAGCCACAUCUACUUCGAGCCCAGCCUCUACCAUUGCCUGGAGAACUGUGGCUCCGUGCUGCUGUCUGUGGCCUGCCAUGGCGGCGAGGGCAACAGCACCUUCUACGUGGACUACCGCACCGAGGACGGGUCGGCCAAGGCUGGCUCGGACUAUGAGUACAGCGAAGGGACACUGGUGUUCAAGCCCGGAGAGACACAGAAGGAGCUGCGCAUUGGUAUCAUCGACGAUGACAUCUUCGAGGAGGAUGAGCACUUCUUCGUGCGGCUGCUGAACCUGCGCGUGGGCGACGCACAGGGCAUGUUCGAGCCCGACGGCGGUGGGCGGCCCAAGGGCCGGCUGGUGUCGCCGCUGCUGGCCACCGUCACCAUCCUGGACGACGACCACGCGGGCAUCUUCUCCUUCCAGGACCGCCUGCUGCACGUGAGCGAGUGCAUGGGCACCGUGGAUGUGCGCGUCGUGCGCAGCUCGGGCGCGCGCGGCACCGUGCGCCUGCCCUACCGCACGGUGGACGGCACUGCGCGCGGCGGCGGCGUUCACUACGAGGACGCGUGCGGAGAGCUCGAGUUCGGCGACGACGAGACCAUGAAAACUCUGCAGGUGAAGAUAGUUGAUGAUGAGGAGUAUGAGAAGAAAGAUAAUUUCUUCAUCGAGCUGGGCCAGCCACAGUGGCUUAAGCGAGGGAUUUCAGCCCUGCUCCUCAACCAAGUGGACGGAGACCGGAAGCUGACGGCUGAGGAGGAGGAGGCCCGACGGAUCGCUGAGAUGGGCAAACCUGUCCUGGGAGAGAACAGCCGCCUGGAGGUCAUCAUCGAGGAGUCGUACGAUUUCAAGAACACGGUAGACAAGCUCAUCAAGAAAACUAACUUGGCAUUGGUGAUUGGGACCCAUUCAUGGCGGGAGCAGUUUUUGGAAGCGAUUACGGUGAGCGCAGGGGACGAGGAGGAGGAGGAGGACGGGACCCGGGAGGAGCGGCUGCCAUCCUGCUUUGACUACGUCAUGCACUUCCUGACGGUGUUCUGGAAGGUUCUGUUCGCCUGUGUGCCCCCCACUGAGUACUGCCACGGUUGGGCCUGCUUCGGCGUCUGCAUUCUGGUCAUCGGCCUGCUCACAGCCCUCAUCGGGGACCUCGCAUCCCACUUUGGCUGCACUGUGGGUCUCAAGGACUCUGUCAAUGCUGUGGUCUUCGUGGCUCUGGGCACCUCUAUCCCUGACACGUUCGCCAGCAAGGUGGCUGCUCUGCAGGACCAGUGCGCAGACGCGUCCAUCGGCAAUGUGACGGGUUCCAACGCGGUGAACGUGUUCCUGGGCCUGGGCGUGGCCUGGUCGGUGGCCGCCGUGUACUGGGCAGUGCAGGGCCAGCCCUUCCAGGUGCGCACCGGCACACUGGCCUUCUCGGUCACGCUCUUCACCGUCUUCGCCUUCGUGGGCAUUGCGGUGCUGCUGUACCGGCGUCGGCCGCACAUCGGCGGUGAGCUGGGCGGCCCGCGCGGGCCCAAGCUGGCCACCACGGCGCUCUUCCUGGGCCUCUGGUUUCUCUACAUCCUCUUCGCCAGCCUGGAGGCCUACUGCCACAUCCGAGGCUUCUAGGGCGCCCCCCCCUCGCCAUGGACUCGGCCUCAGAGGGGCCGCCUUUCGGGGACCUGGCCCCCCCACCCGCACCCCAGUCCUCUGCCCUCUCUUCCCAACAGCAACCGCCCGCGUUUUUCCCAAGCUUGACCCCUGACAAUCUCCCGCUGACUUUUCUGGGGAAAUCUAUACCUCGAAGACCCCCCAGGAACCCUCGGAGGCUCUUCCAGCUUUUCUCCCUUGACACUUUUCUCCCAUCCCACUCUCCACUCUCCUUUUUUAAUUUUUUACUUUUAAUUUAUUUAUCUAUUUAUUUUGCGGGUGUGGAGGAUCACACAUGCAAGGCAUUGAGCUCUAACUGCUGAGCCACAUCCCAGGCCCUCUUUUAAGACCCUUUCUGGGGAGAGGAACCCCCUCCUCCUCCUCCCCCUUUCAGAACUCAGCCAUCUCUGAGGGCCAGAGGGGCACUUCCAGGAGGUUGAUCUCCCCCCUCGGCUGUCCCAGAUCUCUGCCUUUCCUCCCAGACUCAGGGACCUGGGAUGGGGCUGGAGAAGGGGCCGGGGGCACACCUCCUGAUUUCUCCGCUCAGGUCCUUGGGAUGACUCAUCUUGAGGCUUGGAGAAGGGAGGGGAGAAGUUUGGGGUUCCAGAGCUGGAGGAGGUACAAUUCGAACCUGCGACUUCUCACAUUCCAGCGCCCCCCACUUGCCCCCACUACCUCUGAGAGCCAGCCAUGCCUUGGAGGAGGAGGGCCUCUGUGUGUGUAUAUAGUGUGUUUGGGGUGGGGGGAGUGGGGGAGGGUGCAUGUCUUGGGGCAAAGGGGUGACCGACUUUCCUUUUAAGAGGGCAGCAGACUCCCCAAGCCAUGAGAAUCGACUCUGGGGAGGGGCCAGGGAGACCAGCCCAUCUCCCGCGACAAUCUAGAAGGUUCAUUAUGCCCUCAGUGCCAGCCAAUCCGGCAGGACCCUCGAAGAGGAGACCGAGGGUCCCAGAGGACCAAUGCUACAAGCCAGCAAAUGCUGCCACAUCUCUGCCUGAUGGGGAGCAGGGGGGUGGGGUGGGAGGGAGGGACUGGGGGUCAGGGGGGUUUGGGUGGACAUUUUUAACUUAGGCUGCCACCCGUCUGUCGGUCGGCAGCCCGUAUUUUCUUACUGUUGUUGUUUCCCGCCCAAAGGACACGUGGGGUGUGGGAAGUGCCGUCCAUUUCUGGGGACCCCGUGGAUGCUCCUGCAACCCCCAUAACACUCUGCUUCCCUCACAUUUGUAGCGUCCUACCAUCCUGUUGUACAUUGGCCCCAACAUCCUAGCCCUGUGACCCCCUUUCUCUACUCCUUUCUCCACUCCGAGCUCAUCAGCUCCAGCCGUUGUCUCUCUCUUCUCUGUGAUUUCUGUAAAAGUUGCCAUAAAACUUGGAAAUUCUGCCUGAAAAA